CGUCAAGAAGUGCUACGGAGCUGAUUGUGAAGGUUACCUCAAGUCAGUUCGGUGCAUAUAACGCUAUUUGAACGCAUUUCGAAAGGAGUAAAAAAAAAAAAACUGGCGGGACAGCCACCUUUGCAGACGCGGAUCUCUUCAGGGGAAUGGUAUUAUAUGAAACCGGUGUUUAACGCAGAACAAACUUCUGCAAGUUUUAAAAACUUUUAAAAAGCAAGGUAUGCAUGGAUGGGACUGGGAUGAAGCCAGUGUUAUCACUAUGGAGGUAGUUUGAAUGAGUGCACUUCUCCGCGAAAAGUGAUCGUUUUGUAGAUUCGUGAUAGUCACUGUGUGUUUUCCAUUUUGAUUUGUGGCGCACUAUAGCGGGCAGGACGGUGGAGCCUCUUUUUGCCGGUCGCGUGGCUUCUUUGUGUACAGCUGCUGUUUCUGUGCGCGUGUUGAAACACUGUGGCCUGGACAGGAAUCACAAUCCUCGAGGAAAAGAUCUGACAUCCCACAACUGCUUAUAGUUUUCAAAAUUAGGAGCGCUUACUAACGCCGGUGAAGGAGGAUUACUUUAAACUUCACACAUCAUCCCUCUCCCUUUCCCCGAGCUAUCCCGUGCCGUCCCGACUAGGCUACAGCUCGCCGCUCUCCAUUGCUCUGCGCGUGGAUUGUAAAGAGAGAAAACAAAUUGAGCUCAGUUCAUUGUACAGCUGCGCUCUUCACUGAAACAUCAUGGAUGUACGCUUUUACCCGGCUGCCGGAGGGAAUUCUAUUCCUGGAGAUCCAGCCAACCUGGAUUUUUCCCACUGUUUGGGAUACUACAACUACAAUAAGUUUGCGAACAACAAUUACAUGAACAUGGCAGAAGCCAACGGAGGCCUGCUCGGUGGCGAUACGUUCCACACCCCCAGCCUGGGCGACGAGGAGUUUGAGAUCCCCCCCAUCACCCCACCGCCAGAGACGGAGUCCGGCCUGGGUCUGUCGGACAGCGACUCGCCCUUCCCCAACAUGCCCGAGCCGCCACCCCCCCAGAGGGGCAACUACAUCCCCCAGUUCCCCCCACAGAGCAUGGAGCUGCCCUCCAUCACUAUCUCUCGCAACAUGAUGGGCCACGACGGAGGCCCGCUGCCCAUGAAUAUUGGCCAGCCCCAUCUCCGCCAGUACCCGCCCAACCCAGCCAUGGUGAUGCGCUCCAUCAUCAGCGUCAACAACCCCAAUGGCAUGAUGUCACGGAACCAGCUGACCACCAUCAACCAGUCCCAGCUCAACGCUCAGCUGGGCAUGAACAUGACUGGACCCAACAUCGCCCACACCUCCCCCUCCCCACCUGCCAGCAAGUCAGCCACCCCGUCCCCCUCCAGCUCCAUCAAUGAAGAUGAAGGGGAUGAAGGCAAUAGACAGCAGAUGAUUGGGGAGAAGCGCCCAGCCCCUGAUGCCAACAAGGUCAAGCCCAAGACUCCCAAGAAGAAGAAGAAGAAGGAUCCCAACGAGCCGCAGAAGCCUGUGUCGGCAUACGCCCUCUUCUUCAGAGACACCCAGGCCGCCAUCAAGGGACAGAACCCCAACGCCACCUUCGGGGAGGUGUCCAAGAUCGUUGCCUCUAUGUGGGAUGGUCUGGCAGAGGAACAGAAGCAGGUCUACAAAAGCAAAACAGAAGCUGCCAAAAAGGAAUAUUUAAAAGCCCUCGCAGCCUACCGUGCCAGUUUGGUCUCAAAGGCGGCAGCAGAAUCUGCAGAGGCCCAGACCAUCCGCUCCGUGCAGCAGACGCUGGCCUCUACCACCCUCUCCCCGGCGCUGGUGAUGCCCACCCCGCUCAACCACAACCAGCACCCCAACAUGUCGGCGGCCCAGGCAGCCGCAGCCGCCCAGGCCCUGCAGCAGGCCCUGCCCAGGGCCAUCGCUCCCAAGCCCCUGAUGCAGGUCGGGGGAAACCAGAUUGUGACCUCGGUGGCCGUGGCUCACCAGAACAUGCCCGGCGGCAUCCCCUCACAGUUGCUGGGGCAGAUGGGCCCAGGUCAGGGCGGCAGGGGCGGGCCGGGCAUGGAAGGCGGCCCCCGCGGCGGCGGCGGUGGUGGAGGUCCACCACAGGUGUCUGGUGGGCCAGGCUCGCAGAUGAGCCCCCCCAUGCCUGGAGUGCCGCAGUCCCGCGAGCAGCAGCAGCAGCAGCAGCAGCAGCAGCAGCCGCUCAACCAGCAGCAGCAGCAUGCGGCUCUGCAGCAGCUCCAGCAGCAGCAGCACCUGCAGCAGCACCACCAGAUGCAGCAGCAGCAGAUGCACCACCAGCAGAUCCAGCAGCAGAUGCAGCACCAACACUUCCAGCACCACCUGCAGCAGCAGCUACAGCAGCAUCACCUGCAGCAGCAGCAGCGGGAUCAGCAGCAGCAUCCAGGACAGCAGCAGCAUCCGCAGUCGCAUCUGCCGCCGCAUCAGCAACACCUGCAGCAGCUGCAGCACAUGCAGAUGCAUCAGCUGCACCAGCAUCAGUUGCAGCAUCUCCAGCAGCAGAGGGAGCAGCAGCAGCAGCAGCAGAGAGAGCAGCAACAGCAGCGAGAGCAACAGCAGCAGCAGCACCAGUCUCAGUGUUCCCCUGCCCAGCACUCUCCCGGCACCCCACACUCAUCCACGAUGGGCAGCCCGGCCCCGGCCUCAGCUCCACAGCAAGGGCCCCAGCACCACCCCUCACAGAUCCAGGCCCACGCCCUCUCCCAAGUCAGCAUUUACUGAGCCAAAUGCACGCGUGCGGUCACACGUGUGGUCAAUCCUAUUUCAGAAUAAAAGGAGGUGAGGAUGGAUACAGGAUGGAAAAAUAAAAGCAUCAUUCCAUGUUGCUUUUCUAAGUUGCACUUAAGAAGUGUGUAAGAAUUAGAAUGUUUUACAAAGAACUUGUCCAUUGUUCUAGACGGAUAUUCAAGAUGUGUACAAAUAAUUAAAAAACAAAACAAAACAAGAGGGUUAGGGUUGGCCGGGGGACAUAAUCUUAAGCUGGACUUUGUCUAUAAAAUAGGCUGCGCUAUGAAGAAAGCUGGUUGCUGAGUGCCCAAUUAUUGUUUGUAUGUAAUGUUAGUCUUGCUCUGUUUUUCGCUCUAUCGUCGAUUUAAAAAACAAAAAAAACACAAGAAAAAAUGAACUUCAGGGCGAACCUUGGUGAGCCACAGACAGUGAAUUAUCCACCAUGGACGCACGCCCUGCUUUUUAUUUAACAAAGCUUUAUUUAUGAGGUCAACGUUGCCAGUGCUCUGUCCAGGUUCUUGGCAACACGGAAAAGAUCUCAACAGUUCGACAAAAAAAAACUGCACAGGUUUGACCUCUACGGAUGAUACAUCCUGAAGGAGACAUUUUUACAUCACAAGAAGGGGAACCCCUGAACUUGGUGAAACAACAAACGGUACAAAAAGCUGGUGGUCAACACUCUUUCGAAUGGUUGUUUCCUCCCUGGCCAGUAAGUUUCGUCAGACUUUGACUUCCUCUCCCUCCACCUAAUACUCUAUUUUCUCUGCUAACCAACGUUGCUGCCCCAGCCCCAGCCCCACAUUCCUGUAGAUUUAGCCAUUCAACAGCUGCCUAAAGGGAGUCAGUCAAUCAAUUCACAGCAACAAUUCUCAAUCCAAGUGACGUUUCAGUAUGAGCACAUUCAUCCUCUGUUAUCAGACGUCGAGGACAGAAAGGGAACUGAAGAAUGGUGGCCAUGGUGUCGUGCCAUGGAUCAUCUCAAGGUGUGGGCAGACUGUACAGCGUGCGAUGCUGACCUGCUGUACUAUUUUAAUGUAUGGAAGGGUGAGGAGGAAGAAAGACAGUCCGAGUUGGUCUGCGCUGAUUUGCUCAAAGGUGUACAAAUGGCACUCCGAGAACACAGAGAAAGAAAGAAAAUCCUCCUUUUAUGUAUUUGUCUUUACCUCAGAUGUUUAAUGAACUUAAAUUAUGUUUCUAUUUGUUUUCAUUUUGUGAAAUAAAGUGCAUAUUUUAUGGGGGGAGGGGGGAAACUAAAUUCCAGUUCUAGGUUGAUGGUUUCACGAGUAAUGUAUUUUUACACUAUUCCUUGAUACCACAAACUUAUCUUAUGGCAGAAGAUAAAGGAAAAAUACUUAGCUGAGACAUUUCGUUGCACUGUCAAAGCCAACAGAGAAGGCAUUGGAGGUAUUUUGUGCCAGCUGUAAUGGAUUCUGUAAAAAUAAAAGAGAAAAAGAUGUACAUUUUUCAUAUCACCUGUUGUAAAGUUUUAAUAUGUGAGGCUUUAAUUAAAACAUUGGUAAACUGACCUGUGGAUUGCUAUAUCACAUAGUGCAUUUCUGCUCUUUUAUACGUUUUUCUAUGAGUUACAUUAGCAGCAAUUCAUUUGUUUGUAUUUUGCUUACAGAUUAAAAAAUCAACCUGCUUUGAAAGUCUAUCCAUAGAUUAAGCGCAUUUCAGUAUGAAAUCUGAUAUUUUUGAGCUCUCCGUAGGCAAAUUUAUUUCAGUUUUUUGCUUGGCCAUCUGAAGGAGCAACAAGAGACAUUCCGUUACUAAUGUGAUAUAUUAGCCAUAAUUUUGUAUGGAGUAUUCUAUAUUUCUUUGUGUCUCUUUGUUUGCAAUUAAAAAAAGAAACAAUCACAAAUAUUUAUUUCAAAGAAUCAGUUCAUUUCUUAAGAUGACAUCAGCCAUAAUUUUUUUUUGUACGGACUUUAUCCUCAUCCUGUGUCCAUGUUGGCCAUUUGAAAAACUACAAAUAAUGAAAAAAAUGUUUAAAUGCUUAGCACCAAAAUCACUCCGGAGGAAGUCAGAGGAGAGGAGGAGACAUUUGUAUUGUUUUCUAUAGGGAUAGUACUCUACUGAGGAUUCAUGUUGCCAUUAUGAUAGUGUGUACUGUUUUUCUCAGUGAUUGAGUACCCUUGUAAUUGUGUGUGUUUAAAAAAAUAAUAAUAACAGUGCUGAGACUGGACAGGGUCAGCGUGUAACUGCUACUUGUCUCAAUAACAGUCCCAUUCUCACUGACCAGUGCCUCUG